AUGAGGCUCUGCAUCUCCCUCGUGUUGUUCUCCUUUGUUCUCUGUGCAAGUGCUGACAUGCUGCUAGUCCAAUCUGGACGAUUUCUCUUGGAUGCUGCGAAAGGGGCAGCAGAUAUGUACAGAGCAUACCGGGACAUGCGCGAGGCAAAUUAUAAAGGUGCUGAUAAAUAUUUCCAUGCUCGUGGGAAUUAUGAAGCUGCCCGAAGAGGACCUGGCGGUGCUUGGGCAGCCAAAGUGAUCAGUGAUGCCCGGGAAAAGUGGCAAAGUGACGUGAGUGGCAGAGGUGCAGAAGACACCCGGGCUGACCAAGAGGCCAACGAGUGGGGCAGAAACGGAGGGGAUCCCAACCGCUACAGACCUGCGGGCCUUCCCAGCAAAUACUAACGCUGCCCCCU